UCCGCCCACGCACGGAGAGACCCCAAGGCCGCCGCUGCCGCUGCCCAUCUCGCUCCGCCGCCCGUCCCCGUCCCCCCGUCACCAAACAGGCGAGCACCGUCCUCCGGUCCUCCCCUCUCGCUCGCUAUCCUACCCCCUGCCCGUGGAGGCGAGCAGGCAGGCGCGGCGCAGGAGGGCGGCGGCGCUGGCCGCCGGCGCCUCUUGCCAGCGGCGGCGCGGGCUGCUUGCCCGGGAGGCGCGCAGGAGGGCAACAGCGCAGGCCGGCGGCCGAGCGGGCGGCGCUGGACAGCGGCGGCGCCUUCGACCGGCCGAGGGCCAGGUAGGUGGCCAUGUCUUCUACAAAGAGAGGUGCUCGCAGUGGACGUGGACUUGGAAGAGGUGCUGCGGCAAAAAAUGAUAUGGAUCAUCUCGAAACCUCUGCACCUUCUUCUCCAAGUACUACUUCUGAUAGAGAAGAGAAUGCUACAUUUAUUCCAAGACAAUCCCCAGCUUGCUAUGUAGGACCAUCAGAACCAUCCAGCACAUUACUCAACCCAAAGAUUAACCACCGCUCCGAUGCGAUUUUUGGUGAUCAGGCUGUGGAGCAGUUGAAGUUACGUCAUCACAAGCCUUUAAAAUUUCAUGAGAGAUAUCGCCCUUAUCUGAAGGAUGCAGGUUUGCUUGGGCUCUCACAAGUAUGCCAAAAGAUGCCUCAGUUGGACAAAGCGUUGAUUACCGCCCUUGUUGAGCGUUGGAGGCCAGAGACCCAUAGCUUUCACUUGGCCUGUGGGGAGAUCACUGUUACACUUCAAGAUGUUGCAAUGUUGUUUGCUCUUCCUAUUGAUGGCCGUCCGGUUUGUUCUACCACUGAUCAUGAUUAUGCACAAGUGGUCCUUGAUUGUUUUGGUCAGGACGCAAGGGGGCCAGCAAUGCCUGGAAAAUCCUUCCUGCAUUAUAAAUGGCUUAAGAAGAACUUCUAUGAAUUACCAGAGGAGGCAGAUGACAUGACAGUCGAAAGGCAUGUUCGAGCAUAUAUCCUGAGCCUUUUAUGUGGGGUGCUCUUUCCUGAUGGGACAGGAAGGAUGAGCCUGAUAUAUCUUCCUCUGAUUGCCGAUCUUUCACGUGUUAGCACAUACAGCUGGGGUUCUGCAGUUCUGGCAUUCCUAUACCGGUCUCUUUGUUCUGUUGCCUCCUCCCACAACAUCAAGAACAUUGGGGGUUCAUUGCUGCUAUUGCAGCUUUGGAGUUGGGAGCGGUUUCAUGUUGGCAGACCACUGGUUCGGUCUCCAUGCGCAGAGUCAGGUAUCGAGCAGGACUUACCCCCAAUUGGCUUCCGUUGGGUGGGAGCUCGCACACAAAGUGACAAUGCUACUCGCUCUCUUAAGCAGUACAGAGAUGAGCUGAACCUUCAGCGAGUAGAUCAGGUGAAGUGGGAGCCCUACCUGUUUGUAGAGUCCUCAGCCCUACCCCCACUUUGUACAAGAGAUGCAGAUCUGUGGCUUACACAAGCUCCACUAAUAAACUUCCCUAUAGUUGAGAUGUAUUUGCCCGAGCGAGUGAUGCGGCAAUUUGGCCUUCGUCAGUGCAUUCCACCACCUUUUCGGCCUACGCUACAGACAUUGCAUCGUAUUAGUCGACGUGGCAGAGAACGUGAGAACUGGGAAGAAACACACCAUGAGUAUAUCCAGGAAUGGGAAGCCCGACGACAGCGCAUAUUUCGAGAUACAGAGCAAUAUGAUCCAUCUUCUUACGAGGAGUACCUGAGCUGGUACUCAGGAGCCACGCGACGGUACCUUGUCCCAGCAACCAGUGAUGAUGCUGAAGCAGGACCUUUGCCUCCAGCUGGUGAUUCCUUGGAUCUUCAGAAUCAAGACAAGUCUCCAUUGAUCCGCAAAGCGGUUGAUAAACUGGAAGGUAUGGUUGAGAGGGCCAAGAGAGCCAUGACAUCUACAGCUGAUACGACCACUCAAGCCAUGGUUGCUGAGUUUCUGCAUGGGUUUCAAGAUGUCCUGCAAGACCUUAGUGAGGUCGGUACUAGUCCACAUGUUGACACAGCUGCCAGUCAGCAGACAACUCAGGUUUUUCUUGGAGCAGAACAAAACAUAGAUGCCAACCAAGAAGAUCAACACCAGGAAGAUGAAGAAUUUAACACAGUGGAGCACGCUUCGUUGACCCUCGAACCUAUGGAUGAGGAAAACGAGUUAUCAAACAAUGUCCUCUCUGAACAUCCUUCAUUGGGAGUGGAGGAAAACUGCGAUUCAGCUGCCCCAGCCACUGAGAACUAUGAUACAGACACUGCUGUGACUAACUUGGUACAGCCCAGCGAGGAUCUUCAGCAGGAUGAACAUCUAGAGGAUCACCCUGAAAUAGAGCAGACUAUAUUUAUGGUGGAACCAAAGUGUGAGGAAGAUGAUGGUUCGAACUUUGUGCUCCCAUCGAGUCCGCCAGAACUGAUGCUGGAGGAGCAGGGCGACUCACCAGCCGAGGAACAGGACGACUUGGCUGCUCUAGGUACUGAAUCAUGUACUGCACAACAGAGCCUUGAGGGAGAAGCUGAGGAUCAGGAAAACCCUGACACAGCUGAGCAUGACGGUUUGAUGGUAGAUUAUACGGAUGAGGAAAACAAUUGUAAUGAUGUUUCUUCUUCCUGCCCACGUCAUCUGCCAUAGUUGAUCCCAUCCAAAUCAAGCAGUGAACAUCCCUUUGUUACCUAUGUAGGCAUUAGAUGUGAUGUAGCAAUUUAUUUAACAUGAGACAUUAGUUCGUUUUUUUCUUGAUGCUGUGACUUGUUUUUGUUGUGGAUGCCUGGUAAUUUGAUGGACAAUACAGUUGGGUUUGUAUUGCCGGUGUAUAAUCUCGUCCAUUUUACAGGCAAAAUUACACUAGGCAAUUCA